ACAAGUUGCUUGCAAGAGUAAAGCUUGUAUAGUGGCUGGGCUUGGGUGAGAACUGCAGUCUGCUUCUAGAGUCAGGUCUAACCAACCCUCUGUAGGUGCACGAGGGGCUGCAGAAGGUCUGGGUCUCAAUGCACUGACUUGUAUAUGAAGUUGGGUGUAUAAAGCUCCACUCCUCAAGAAAAGGAUCUGCAGUUCUGUGGCCACGGUUCUCAUCAGGAAUGAAGUUGUGAUGUCCUGAGAUUGUUUACAAGCUUUUAGCACCAUGGGAUUCUGAUAAGGCUUCUUGGCACUUCCACGGAUCAGUAAUUGUGCCUGUAUUGUGCAGCAGCUGCCAACACAGCAUGCUUGAUAUAAUAAAUACUGUGAAAGCUGAACGCUCAAUGCCUGGAACAAAUAUGCAGCCCACGCCUUCGUUUAAAAUGCAGAGCAAACACAGGCCAGACAGUUCUCCAAAGCGUUUGUUUAAAACAUUACAUGCUGUAGCCUGUAGUUUCCGUCGAAUGGGAUCUUUUGUGAGGAGCUAUGUUUACACUCAUGAAUGAGGUCGUUUGUUGCUCCUUUGUUUGUUGCAAGCAGGGUUUAAAUGUGGAUUCCUGCUCAAAUACUGAUUUCACCUUAAGCUGAGAAGGAUAUGGAAGGUAUCAGCACAGCACACGUGGCAGGAGCUGUGCUCCUGAUGCUGAAUGCAGAGAUUCUCGGCAGGCUGAUAUAAAAUACUCAUCGGGAUGGAAUCAGUGGAAAAGAACUAGUAGUAAAUCAUGGAAAAAAGCUCUCAAGGAUAUCAAAGAGUUGUCAUCUUACCUGGAGCUUUGGCGGCAUCACAUUCACAGCAUAGAAGGGAAAUUUGGUACUGGCAUCCAGUCCUACUUCUCCUUCCUGCGUUUUCUGGUCCUGCUGAAUUUUUUAAUGUUCAUCCUGAUGUUCAGUUUUGUUGUGCUUCCUGCUGUCAUCUCUGAUUAUGGAAUUUUCAACAGUAGCUCUGCUAAAAUUUAUCCAAAAAACACAGAGCCUCACUGCACGGUUUAUACUCCUAGUGGUAAUAAGGGACUUGUUUACUUCUAUACUUACCUCAAAGAUUUGCUCACUGGCACUGGGUUCCUGGAAGUGACAGUUUUGUUUUAUGGCUAUUAUACAGUAGAUGCUGCAUGGUUUAGUGUCCUGAGAUAUAACUUACCACUAGCGUACCUGCUAACUACAUUUGCCUACCUUGCGCUAAGUCUUCUCUGGAUAAUCAAAAGGUCUGUGGAAGGAUUUAAGCAGAACUUGGUGCACAAUGAAGAUCAGUUUCAGAGUUAUUGUAACAAAGUCUUUGCAGGCUGGGACUUCUGCAUUACAGAUCUAAAUGCAGCGCGGCUAAAGCAUCGGAGCUUGCAAUAUGAGCUCCAAACAGACCUGGAGGAAGAAAGAAUAAAGCAAAAAAUAGCUGAGAGGACAAUGAAAGAAAAGCUACGCAUCUACUCUCUGAGAAUAUUUGUAAAUAUAAUAGUCAUUGCAGUUCUAUCAGGGUGCUUUUUUUCUAUUUAUAGAGCAACUGUCUUCUCUCAAGAAAACUCCAGUAGCGUCAACAGUGUUGGCUUCCAGGCCAAUCUGCUUGUUCAGUAUUUGCCAUCCAUCGUGAUCACAGUGGUCAACUUCGUUGCUCCUCUGAUCUUUUCAAUUCUGAUCAGAUUUGAAGAUUAUUCACCAGCCUUUGAAAUCAAGCUGACACUGAUAAGAUGUGUCUUUGUGCGGUUGGCCAAUAUUGGAGUUCUGUUGUUCUCACUGUGGAGUCAGAUCCACUGUGCCACUGACCAGUGUAAGGCCUGUGGAUACAAUUAUGAACUCUAUCCUUGCUGGGAGUCUGCAGUUGGGCAAGAAAUGUAUAAGCUGUUGAUGUUUGAUUUUGUGAUAAUUCUUGCUAAGACCCUGUUUGUGGACUUUCCUAGGAAGUUACUAGUUACUCAUUGCUCUUGGAAGCCAGUUCAGUGGUGUGGUUUGCAGGAAUUUGGAAUUUCUGACAAUGUCCUGGAAAUCGUUUAUGGACAGACUAUAUGCUGGAUUGGAACCUUCUUUUCACCACUUCUUCCUGCUAUAGCAACUAUAAAAUACUUCGUCAUCUUUUACAUUAAAAAGAUCAGUUUGAUACACACGUGUAAACCUGCAAGUAGGCCUAUCAGAGCAUCAAGUUCUAAUUUUUUCUUCUUGGUGGUACUGUUGAUUGGGCUCGUCUUAGCUUUUAUUCCUUUAGGAGUCAGCAUAGCACAUAUCUCCUCUUCCAAGGCAUGUGGGCCAUUUAGGAAUUUUAACACUUCGUGGGCAGUUGUUCCAGAUACAGUACUUCAGUUUCCAACAGGUCUGCAGAAAGUCCUUAAUGGCAUAGCAUCAGAAGCCUUUGCAGUGCCUUUUUUUAUGGUUGUCUGCCUCAUUAUGUUCUAUUUUAUUGCCUUGGCUGGAGCGCACAAAAAAGUGGUUGAGCAGCUAAGGGAACAACUGGUUAUGGAGAGUCGUGACAAAUUCUUCCUAAUUCAAAAAAUAGCAGACGCUCAGAAAAAUUCUUGAAAUCCACAAAAAAACAGAAGCUGACUUCUGACACUCCUGGAACCACUAGAUAAGGGUAGAAGAUCUGCAGCAUGUAAAAACAGAGCAGCUGACCAGCACUGCAAUCUGUAUAGUGGAUAAUUAACGUUCUUAUUAGAGUUGAUUAUGCUAGUGGGCCUUAUUGUUUUCAAGACUGGAAGUUUAUCUUAUUUGUACCGUAUUUGACCUGUUUAAAACAUUGUAUGGCAGGACACUUUAUUGCUGCUACCAUUUCAAAGCUGUUAGGGUUUGUGAUAAGUUCCUGGUUUAUUUUUUUUGUUCAGGAGUUCAGGACAAAAUGUGAUCGGAACUGAAACUAUUUAAAAACUCUGUACUGUUCUUAUAAAUUAUGCUUUUAGGAAUUGGGGUGGAGUGGGUGGGGUGGUUUUACGUGUUUCCCAUUCAGAUUUCUCUUAAAAGCACAAGAGACUCAUCUCAGUCGUCUGAAAUAGCAUGGUUGAACACUAGAUAAAGAAAACAACAAGCUGGUGGGAGCUCUGGAUGCGCACAGAGUGGGGGGGGAACCUGGCUCCUGCACACCACAGUCCCUGCUCUGUGGUACCCAUCUCACUGGUGUGCAGGAGCCUUUUUCAAAUGGGUAAGGCUUUAAUACUUGCAUUUCAGUUUUGUACAAGUGCCUUGAAUACUGUUCUAUGUUCUAAACUGUGAAUAUUUGGGAGUUAUUUAUAGUUCAGAAAUGAAGCAUUGAGAAACUCGGAUGCCAGUAUCCUUUAAAUUCUUGUUUAAGUGGGGCGGUGGAGCUGUGUGAUUCAGAACAAUGUUUCCAUGUAGCCUACAGGCUUUCCCCUUUAUUUAAAGACUGUUUUUCUCCAGAUUGUUAAGUAAAGAAUUGCGUACAUUACUUGAAGUUCCUGGUAGUACACUGGUGUUUAAAGUGAGAUGCUGUUUUCUUUUUAUGUGAUGUUUUGUAAUGUUUUCUGUCCUCAAUUUUAAAGAAAUUGUAAUAAAUAGGUAUGAGAUUUUAAAAACUUGA